UAAGAAAGAUUCUGUGGUACUGGUGAAGGGCUCUUGAUCAAAAGAAUUUCACCUGUCCUCCAGUCACUGUGAAUGUUAUAGUUGUAAUGCUUUGUACUAAAUAUAAUAACAAUAAUGAUGGAAAUAAAGGAGAAAUUUACACAUCUGAUAAAUUUGGAUGUGAUGAAAGUGGUGAUGGCACAUCUAGUAAGCCUUACAAAACUGCUCUUCAGGCCAUGCGGAAGGCUGGCAAAGAACCAUUCCCUACAAUAUAUGUUGAUGGCAAGGAAGACCAGGGUGAGGGAGGUAAAUUGUGUAGCAGCCCCGAAGCUUCCCUAACUGUGUGUCUGCAAGCAUUAGACCAGCACUUAAGCCAAUCAAGCUACAUUGUGGGUCACGUGCCCACGCAAGCUGACACACUGGUACUUGAACGUAUGGGCAAAGCAUCACCUAAGAAUGGUCCGCUUACGUCUUCCUAUCCACACUUUACGAGGUGGUGGAGACAUAUUCAGAGUUUUGACUCUGAUUUGAAGGAUUUGCCACAGACAGAUCUUUGUAUUCUUAAACAGUUCAGCCUUCCUGAUGCCAGACUAUCUCAAGGGAAUAAAUAUGAAAUUAUUGCUAAGAGUCAGUUGAAGAAACUCACUAAACUCUGGAAAGAUGAGUGUAAAAAACUUGAAGCUCGUCUUAAAAAAGAAAAGGAGGACGAGGAGAAAUGGCGGACGAAGGCUCUUGAAGAGGCCAAAAAAGUGACUAUAUCAGAAGAUCCAAGUUUACCUCCUGCUCUCUGUAUCAAGAUUAGAGAUGGUAAACAGUAUCGUAAUAAGAGAGUUAAAGUUAAUGGAUGGGUUCAUAGACUCAGAAGACAGGGUAAAACUAUGAUGUUUAUUGUCCUUCGUGAUGGAUCGGGAUUCCUACAGACAGUUCUGACAGACAAGUUGUGUCAAACAUAUGAAGCUAUAAUUCUCACACUUGUGGUUCUGCGGUUGCGUUCCAUUUUAAUGAAGGCCUUUGUGGACCACUACAGUGAUCGAGGGUACGAGUGGAUGUCACCACCUACAAUGGUUCAAACACAGUGUGAAGGAGGCUCGACUCUAUUUGAUUUUAAUUUCUUCGGUGAAAAGGCUUACCUCACACAAUCCAGUCAGCUUUACCUUGAAACUUGCAUUCCCAGUUUCGGUGAUGUGUAUUGCAUAGAGCAGUCUUAUAGAGCAGAACAGUCGCGGACGCGCCGUCAUCUGGCUUCCUAUACUCAUAUUGAAGCUGAAUGUGCCUUUAUCACUUUCAGUGAAUUAUUAGAUCGUAUUGAAGACUUGAUAUGUGAUGUGGUAAAGAGAGUAGUGGAACACCCAGUGGGUAGUCAACUAAUGAAGGAGUUGCACCCAGAGUUUGUAGCACCCUCAAAACCCUUCCUCAGGUUGACUUACUCGGAUGCUAUCAAGUACCUCAAGGAGCAUAACAUUACCAAGGAAGAUGGAUCUUACUAUCAAUAUGGAGAGGAUAUUCCAGAGAUGCCGGAAAGAAAAAUGACUGAUCAGAUUGGGAAGCCAAUUCUGCUCAACAGGUUUCCAGCUGGUAUAAAAGCCUUCUACAUGUCCAAGUGUGAGGAUGAUAAUUCACUUACAGAAUCGGUUGACGUGUUAAUGCCAAACGUUGGAGAGAUUUUAGGAGGCUCUAUGAGGAUGCACAAUUAUGAAGAGUUGCUGCAAGCUUACACUGAUAAUGAACUUGACCCUAAACCUUACUACUGGUAUACUGAUCAGCGUCUGUAUGGUACGUGCCCUCACGGUGGGUAUGGCUUAGGAUUGGAGCGUUUCUUGUGCUGGAUUGCCAACCGUUACCACAUACGUGAAGCAACUUUAUAUCCAAGAUUUGUAGGACGUUGUACACCAUAGACAAAAUGAAAAAGUCUGAUGCCCUAGAACAUAAAUAUUGUAUAAUUUGUAUUGCUAUUCAAAUUUUUUAUAUUUUGAUUUUUCAUGCAAAUUAUAAACAUUUGUGUUUUGAUUAGUAGGUCAGUACUUAAGAACUUAAGAAUUUUUAUUGAGUGAUUUGAACAUGAACGUUUAAAAUGGUAAUGCUGUAUCUUCAUUGUGGAGUUGUAAAUUUUUUACAAAGGAUUCCAUACAAAUAAUUUUAAUUAUUUAUGUUAAAUUAUUCUUGCCUGUUUACUGUAUAUAAUAUUUUGAUUGUAUUUAGUUUACUGCCAUUCUUUGUGUCAUCCUGGAAACUACUUUUGUAUUUUUUGUAGAAAAUUUGUAUUCUAGAAAUUAAAUAAGAUGUUUGAAUUCUAGGUCAAUGUUGUUUUCAAGAUGAGAAAUGUCAAAUUGCCAUUUGAUUGUGUUACUAUUCCUUCAAUUAGACAUGCAGUCGGCGUAGUGUCACCUUGCAUUUACAGUAUCACUAGCCAGUUAAACUUUAUAAAAAAUAAGGCUUCAGAGAACAUUAAUACAUAAUGACGGGAUUGGUCUCAUACUUUUUUAAAACGUUUAAAAAUUGUAUCUUUUAAUUUAUAUAAAACAACCACUACCUAA